AUGUCCAGGCCAGCAUGUGCGAGACUCCAAGUGGCGAUGAACACUAAGGACAGGAGUCUAAUCCUGGACAAUACGUGUUUUCAAACAACGAAUCCAAGCACAGUUCGGAUGGUCGAAAAGCAGCGUCUACAUCAAUGGUAUUUAUUCCAAAAUCCAAGGCGACCUGGCCUGGGAACCGGCUGUCAAAAAUAUCGACAGAACCGACUAUUUUUCCCAGGCCAGUCACCGAAUUCAUUCUACUUCCUCAGCCACUACUUGCACACGACUGCCAACGUCAUGGUCAAUGACAGCAAUGUCAUUCUACUCGGCGUGGGUGCUUUGACAUUAUGUUUCAUUGAAAAUGUUAGAGUAGAUGCGGCUGGCACAAUUUACGACCAUCUUUUGGCGGCCAAGACUUUAUUGGUCAAGAUACUUGCAGACUCGAGGAUUCUCAUAACGACAGACUUGAGAUGCUUCAUAAUCGAGUACUACAUUUAUACGGCCACAUUGAGCAUGAUAUCUACCGAUGUCAGGGUCAGCAACCAAAACCUUCUCACCGACGAACUGAUACAUCAUGCAGAGAGCCUUGUUGAGGCACAAUACAUUGGCAAUAUGUGCGGUUGCUGGUUAGAAUUGCUUCUUGUCAUACCAUCCAUUUUCGAUUUGGGCCGACGAUGGCUCACAAACGGCGUGGAAGCCCUGAACAUGGACGAUAUGACACAGUUCGCUGUGAUACAACACAAAGUUCUUCAAUGGAAGCCAAAUCCUUCUGUUCAAUCUGACGUGACUUUACUUGGUUUAAUAUACCAACAAGCUAUAUUAUUAUAUUUGUAUACUGUCCCCAGCUCUAGUCAACACAGAAAAUUUGUAGGGGUGAUUGGAAGCACGAUUGAUAAGGCCAUGGGAUACAUGCGUGAGCUAUCUCCCGCAGCUCCCGUUAAUACAAAUAUGUGCUGGCCCAUUGCAAUCAUUGGAUCGCUUACGACGGACUUUGAACAGCAGCAGGAAAUAAAGAAUUACCUGGUAGCCAUGAACGCGACGCUGGGAUUUGGGAAUAUAUUGCAAGUCCUGGGUAUUUUGGAGGAAAUGUGGCAACACCAAGGUGAGCAAAUUGGGCCUUGGGAUAUUUGCACUGCAAUGCAGACCCUGCAAACCUGGAUAUCCUUUUCAUAA